AACUGGUGACGUAUUAGUUACUUCUAAGAUGGCCGGCGAUAAAAAUAACUGCGGUAUAAGCGUUGUUUGAGGAGUUUUUAGUGCCGCUAUUUUAAUUCGAUCAUUUCGAAAACUUACCAACUUGUGCAUACCGAAAUAGUGCUCUUGCGGGUAUAAAUACGGAGUUGCUCGGUUUUUUUCUGUGAUAGUGAGAAUUGUUUACACGAGAUUCCGGUCGAGUUUAGACGCAUUUAUGCAACUAUGCUAUCAGCGUCUAUUUCUUGAUUCGUUUAUCGUUUGAUUUCAGUGCAAUACAGUGUUCAUACUUUAUUUUUUGUGCGAAGAUGGACCAAGGCAUAGCCCAUGGAUACGAAAAUGGUAAUAGAGUAAUUCACGACGUUCCUAAGCACACAGAAAACAUGAACGUGGACAAAGAAGGUUUUCAGGACGAUGAAAACCUCAACCUUAAUCAAAACAAGCAAGGCGCUGAAGUUACCGUAGAUAUGAAUUCGUUCAAGACAGUCCAAGGCGAAGCCCCUGCCAAAGCAGAACCCAAUCAAGAUGAAUUGGAGCCAAACCGUCCCAGCGGUAAGGAAAACGAGACCCUCGAAAAUGUACCCGGUGAACCCUUUGACCCACAAGAAGAAGAAAAGUCGCAAAUAAACCCCGAGGAGAACAACAGCGCUCACGUGUUGGAACAGCAGGCAGAAAACGAACAUCAUAAUGCCGAAGAGGAGCACUCUUUCAGUGUCGUGGAUGAGCCAAUCAGCUGUCCCCAAGAAAAGGAAACUGUGGAAGAGCAAGUUUGCGAAAGCGCUUCAACGGAACAGUAUGCGGAAAGCAACAAUGGCAAUUUUAUUUCUCAAUACGAAUCUGAGACUAAUCAAGUGUCUGAAGACGCAAACGUGGAAGUGACUGAAGUCACAGAACAGCAGGAGGAUACAAAAGUGGAAUUGGGGCCUGCUGUCAACGAAGUCGAGACUGUCGUUGAAGAACAGCAGCUUGUAGAAGAAAUAGUUACUGAGGUAGUGGACGGUGAGAGUUUGGUCAUCGCCGAGGAAAUUCCUGAACCGGUGGAGGAAGUUUCCAACGUUUCAGACAAUAAGGAAAUGGAAGUGGUGGAAAGUAUAGUGGGCGUUCCCGACUCGCAGAUGGAAGUAGUGGAAGAGACGAUAGAUGUGACUGGUCCUGACACGGCUGAGACUGAGGUCACAGAGGUUGAAACAGGAGUCCACGACGACUUCACGGUCAUAGAAGGCUCCGAAACUGUUGAUAUCUCAAUCACCGAGUCUGUUGAAGAGACCGCACCUACCGAGGAAGUCCUUGAAAUUGAAACUCACUCGGAGGAUAUGGAAGUCGAUGUGACGGAGGAAACAGCGGAAGAAACUCCUCAACAACCGGCUCCCAGAGGCAGAAAGACUCGGAGGAAUGAAAUCCCCAUGCACCUCUUGGGAGUAGACAUCUCCAAACCUGUUGAUCAGGUUCCGAACGGGAGGCAGAUGCCGAAACCCCGUCUGGGAGUCAAAGUGCCAUACCGCAACCUGACGAGUCAGAUCAUUUCGAAAGAGGAGCUGGAGAAGGAGAUUAUCGAGAGGUCUAGAGCGAAGGAAGAGGCUACUUCCAAAAGCGAUCUCAGAUUCGCCAGAAGCCUCACUCAGAGACUGGCCAGCAAAAUUGCCCCGGCUCCGGAAAAGGGGAACCGGAAGGAAAAGCGAGCCGAGCCGCCCGCGGUUAAAGAAGUAUCCGUGGUGAAUGAUGAAGUGGAAGCUGGUCUUGUCGAAGCUCAGAAUAUUAGUAUCGAGGAGCAGAUCAUCGAGGUUGAAAAACAAGUGGAAAAUGCGCAGGCCCAGGUUGAGGCUGCUGUGGAUGACACGAAAAUCCAGAACGAUGACGAUUUGCUGGCCAUAUUAGAGGGAGAAGGGGAAGAAAUGCCUGUGCUGCCGAAAGAGGUUCCAGAGGUUAACGAGAACGACGGCAGCAAUCUAAAGAUGCUUGAACGCGAGAUCGCCCUGCAACAACUUCAGGAACUGCCCCAUCAGGUGCCCCGACAGAGGAUCUUCAAGUCUCGCCAAGCCAAAAUCCCUGCCGCGCCCCUCCCAACGACUCAGCCUCCGCCGAAACUGACGAAGGUGGAAAAACCGCGAGUCUUUUCCCCGCCGAAACAAACAAAAAGCGAUAAACCUCCUGUAUCACUCCUAAAACCGCACCAGUCCCCAGAGAAAACAAACCCUUCGUCGGUAAAACUCUACUCGUCACCUUCCCCGAUGAAGGAAGUCGUCACGAACGAGAGUCCUGUCCCGAGGAGACAGCCCAUCGAAGUAGAGCCUCAGGUCAAGGUCAACAUGGUGCUGAAGACGUACUCGAGAAAGCGCAAAACGUCCGACGCGCCGGAAUUCGAUGUUCCCUCUCCAAAACGAACUAUUCUUGAUGACGCGGAGUUCAAACCAGAUAAAACGGAUCCCCUGGCCAUGCCUGCGGAUGUGUACGUUACAAAAAGCUCAAGGGUCAUCAAGAAGAAGGUUAUCUGGGAUCCGGACGACGAGGUGCCUGCUAGGUCGCCCAAACCAACAGUCAGGCCUGCAGAGGUCAAGUCUAAAGCAGCCGAUCUCGAUGAGAGCACCGGUGAAAAGUCCUCUGAUAAAAAGUCUGUUACGAGCAGAGUUUCUGAGAGGAAGUUGUCUAGCGACAGUAAAGCAUCUGAUAAGAAAUCUUCAGUCGAUAAGAGUAUUGGUAAAAAGACGGCGAGCGAGAAAGUAGCCGUGGGGAAAUCCCCAGAACAGAAGGGUGUGAAAAAGGUGGAAAAGGGAAAACCUCAGGCUACCAGGAACGAAAGCCCCAAAACCAAGACGCCGGUCAAAUCAAAAAGAGGACUGUCGGAAGUGGACAGACUGCUCAUGGAUGAAGGAGCCGUCAAGAUGCUGUACGAACUGAAAUCGACCGAGGAUUCGCCGGCUACGAAGAAGAAAAAAGACUUCAUAUCGAUCGAGAAGGCUGAGAAGGAGAUCAUCAAGAAGGCGAAUCAGUUGAAGAACGAUCUCGUUCAGAACACCAGCGGCAGCAGUGAAUCGCCGAAAACGCUACGGAAAAAGGAAGGCCCCGCCACUGUUUCACCACCCUUGAAACCUGCCGUCGCGAUGGAACGCAAGAUGUCCAAGGACUCGACGCGCAGCUCCGUCCACACUCCUCCGAGGUCCCCGAGUUUUCAGUUCUCGUCACACUCGCAGAGUUCCAUGUUGAUCAGGAGAAGGUCAAGCAGCUCCAUCUCGAGCGUGGAAGACGCAGAUAUGGAUUUCGUACCAAAAUUCGGCAAGAAAAAAUCCGACGGUCCCAAAUUGAAAAAGGCUAAGAAGGCAACCUCAGACAGUCCUAGACCAGGCAAGGAAGAAGACAUUGCUUCUGAAACGGAAACACCCGAAAAAGAAUCGCCCAACAAACCUGCUCACAAGAUCACCAAGGCUAGCCCGUAUAAAUCCUUCACUGUGAGGAAAUCCGGGAAACAGAUUGUUAUCGAUUUGAACUACAUUGACGAAAAGUGUUUCUUUGAUGUCAAGGUUCUGGAAGAACUAACUGCUGCCCUCAAAAAAUGUGGAAAAGAUAAAGAUUGUACGGUCGUUUUGAUAACUUCGACGGGCAAAGCUUUCUGUUUGGGUCUCGAUUACGGUUCUCUGGUAGCCAGCAAGGAGAACGAAAGGAUAGAGAAAUGUUCUGAACUGGCGGAAAGGGUUGGGGAAUUUCUGUUGUGCCUGUUCAACUUCCCCAAGAUUUUGAUUGCCGGCGUGCAGGGAGACUGCGUCGGGUUGGGUGUGACAAUGCUUCCCCUCUUUGACAUGAUCAUUGCCAGUGACAAGGCUACGUUUAGCACCACCUACGCCAGGCUAGGGUGUCUGCCGGAAGCUGGAUUCCUGCUGUCGUAUCCGAAUUUGUGUACUGCUGGACUGGCUACGGAAUUGUUGUAUGCGGGACAAACCUUGAACGCUGAUGAAGCUUUGCGACGCGGCCUGAUCUCCAAACUCUGCUGGCCAGAAAAGUACAAAGACACUCUGAAUAAUAUCGUGAAUUCUGUGUCUCAUGGCUCUAAACAGUGUUUGGAGUCGACGAAGAGGCAGCUGAGGAGCCGCAUGCUGAAAGACACGGAAGCGGCUAUAAAAUCUGAAAAGGACAUUCUUGUAAGCCACUGGACGAGCGCUGAAUGCCAAGAGAAUUUUGCGAAAAUAAAUUGAUAGAGAAAUUCUCGGUGCGCCGUUUUGAAAGUUCGUGAGACAAGUGGUACAAAUGGAUUUUAUAAAUAGUGUUAAGUGCAUAUUCAGAGUUUCGCGAAACAAAUUCACUCCUUAUCAUGUAAUUUGGUAAUUGAAAAAAUAUUUUUUUAUAUUUUCAUAAAGUAGUAACGUCUAAGUGAGUAUCGAUCCUAUUUUUAGGAUUUUUAGUUGUUUCUAGGAGUCUAGUAGUACUAAUUGAUGUUUUAGUAUAAACAAAUUUGGAAUUUCAGAAAUUUCACUGACUGUUAGCACGAUAGAUUAAGAACAGUGUUCUCCCAAAGAUCGGUGCAAUUUUCAAAUCUUAUCUGUUUCUCCUGUACAUUACGCGGAUCCUCGUUCUGAGAAACUUUAGUGUGUUGGAUGAGUUUCGUUUGGUUUGUAAUGAUAUCGUUCGUUUGGAGAUCUAGUUAAAGACUAGUUACUAAUUUUCCUGGGCUAUCAUCAUUUUUUUUAUAAUUUGACGGAAUUUCAAGAAGGGUCAGUAAAAAGAGGUUUAUUUAUUUAUCUCUAAAAAUUUAUAUGAAGAGUGACUAUAUUCACAUUAUAUGCUUGUUGAGUAAUUGAGUUGUUAUUUUAUUGGUAUCAAUAAAUAAAAUUAUACUUU